GCAAGUAUGAAUGUAGCUAAUGAAAUGCGUUAAAUAAAUGUGAAGUAUAAGUGGCGGCGUGGCACAGUGGAUCAGUGGGUUGGUGUUCGGAUCAGGGGAGCACAGGUUCAAACCCCACUGCAGUCAGCAUGUCGUUGUGUCCCUGGGCAACACUUCACCCCAAAUUGCUCCUGUGGGGAUUGCCCACAGUAUUGAGUAUGUAAGUCGCUUUGGAUAAAAGCGUCUAACAAGUAACUUGUAAAUUAAUGUAUAAAGUAAAUGUACUUUGUUACUUUCCACCACUGACAACAGCGCCAAUAAUUCUAAAAAUGCACGAACAAAGCAGUUAUAUAUGUGAGUGAAAGAACGUGUUGUGUGAAUACUCGUGUACUUUUCCUCUCCUGUUAGUGGAAAGGUGAGGUGACUGUGGUGAGAUACUUUCCAACCGCACUCGAUCUUGUUUCCUCGCAGAGUGACAGCCUCAGUUAUAUUUAGCACACGUCAAAAUCAACAAUGGUCCACUGCUCUGCAAAUGAGAUGAUGAGAUUGCCUUCAAACUAAAAAUGUGUACUGUUAUGAGACUAAAGGGCUAAAGGUUAAUGUGAUGGAUAAUGCUUUUCUUAGUAUUCUAGCUUCUCACGUUUGCAACUACAAUGUUCCUCAAUUUCCGGCAGAAGAAAUGAACCUCUCUCAGUAUAUAAUCUGAUUUCAUGCAUCAACCCUCCUGUAAAUACUUGUUGUAACACUGAAACCUAAACCAUUUUAUAUAAUACCUUAUUGAAAAAGUUAUGAUACAUACUAAAAGGGGCAUUUAAUUAAUAAAAUAAUUUAAAAAAUCAGUGUGGAGUUCGAUAACACAUCUACAAAUGUGACACGCAGUAUAGAAACCGAUUAGAGAAACAUAUCCCGCACUAGAAUGGAACGAUUUGAUUUUUGAUUCAAAUGUACUUUCCAAUCGAGCUAACAUGCAGUUGUUACAACAUAAGGUGUAGUGAUGACUCUGUUGAAGAUUAUUGGGCAUUUUCCAUCCACAUUAGAACAUCUGAUAAGAAAUAGGACAAUAAGUAUCUGAGAAUGAUCACCUCUCAGCAGAAACUGAAACCAGAUAAUCAUAUCUACCAUCUCUGAUGAGGUCACACCAUGCGUAAGGGUGCUAAAUUCACACAGAAUACAUUAUACUAUUAUAAAUCCAUUUGUUCAAAUAUCCCGUUUUGUUAACAGUUUUUUCUAUUUUGAGACGAGGAACGAUGCUCAUUUUCACAUUUGAGAGGCCGAUGUUCAAUGGUUUGCAUUAAACAAUUGGUAAAAUAGCCAUUGUGAAAACAUGCACUCAUUUACUGACCAAUUAACCAACAGGGUUACUUGACUAAACUCAAGUUAAAUAUACUGUAAAGGCACUCAAUGCGUUUUCUAUGUCAAAUCUAAUAUGUACAAUAACCAAUAGCAGUGAGAUAAAUUAAGUAGAGUAAAAAGUACUAUAUGUUUCUCUGACAGUGGAGAAGAAGAGCAACAUGUCAUGAAAAGGACAACGGAAACAUGUAUUUAAGGAGCCAACAGUAGGCUAUUUGAGUAUAUGUACAUACUUGAAUUCCACCACUGCACCUUCAUGAUUUACGAGCACAAAAUGCAUUCAUAUUGCCAGUCAAAUUGCUCCACUUUUACCAUUUGACUCUGCAGGGUCAGCAUGAUGGAUACCCUUUACGACUGAUGAUGAAUAGGAGCCGCAGUGGGUUGUCAGGGGAACCUUCGUCAUGCUUCUGCAGAGCUGAUCCUCUGAUCUGAUGUUCAACAGGACCACCAGUAACUGGACGUGAUGGGACUGACAGGGAAAAUGUGCCUCAGUGUUUCUCAGCUAAAAGCAGAUCAAAUGAAUCAGUGGAACCACACAUGUCACCAUACACACAAACUGUCUGCAUCACAUGGGUCAUGUAUGUGAACCUGAUGUGAACGCUGCUUACGUAGUUCAUUCCGUAAACAAGUGAUGCAGUGUCAGUGAAAACACUCUGCAUCUGAGAGAUCAACACAAGCUGCUCUGAGUCCGGAUGUGAAGGUCUUGAGCGUCACAGGAAGCUGCAGCAGGGUGACAUACAUAAAGGCCGCCAGGAAGCCUCUUCACUCAGCCUUCUCUAUCAACAGCUGCAAAAACACAGCCGUGUUCAGAGGAGGGAGCACAGUCUCUGUGAUUGAUCUGCAGGCCUGGGAGGACGCAUUUCACAGUCUGCCCUCUGUGUGUGUGCUGCAGAGAGACCAGCCUUUAUCAUUAAGGACUUUGAUCUGAGAGGGGUCGGACUCACUGCUUGUGUGGGAAAUAAUUUGUGGACGAAUUUUUGAAAUACAGAAAGAAAGAAAUAAGUUCAUUUUCUGAUCAUCAUAAGACAGAACAUGGGGACCUGCCCCAUCAGAUGUCGAUCCAACCUCACAAUCCUGGAAAAUGCUCCUGAGCCUGAAUCACCACCGCCGCAGGACAGCGUGAUUGUCUCCCUCUGUAACUACCCGUCCUUUGAGAGUACAGAAUUAACAAUGUGCAUCGGAGAACAAGUAACCGUCCUGUCAGAUGACGGUGACUUUCUGAUGGUCAGAUCCACCACCACGGGCCUUGAGAGCUACAUCCCCACCACCUACACCGCCAAGGUGACACACAGGUGGCUGUUCAAAGACAUCAGCAGGUACAAGGCGGUGGAGCUGCUGAUGCGGCCUCAGAACCAGAGUGGAGCCUUCAUGAUCCGAGAGUCAGAGUCAAACAGAGAUUGUUUCUCGCUGUCUGUGCUGAGUAGGAACAGCUCUUCGUACCUGGACAGUGUAAAGCACUACCGAAUCCCUCAGCUCGAAAACGGCUGGGUCUACAUCUCUCCAGGGGUCACCUUCCCCUCCCUGCAUCACCUGGUGGAACACUACUCAGAAUCAGCAGGAGGGCUGUGUGUCCGGCUGACGGGGCCGUGCCACAUCCAGGGUUUAGACAACCCCACAGAGGACAGGCCUGUACCCAUAACCAUCAGGAGGCCGACUAUCAACUGGAAGGACAUCAGCAGGUCAGCGAUCUUCAGGAGGAAGAGGACAGAGUCAGACAACUCUCUGGUGAGCGAGGGGCUGAGGGAGGCCAUCACCUCGUACCUACAGAUGACAGAGGGCAAUGAUCACAGCUGGGACACAUGAGGAGAGACAGAGGGUCAGCCUGGAACAAGUCUCACAGAUAAAGUGAAGCCACACACUGUCAUGGCUCAGCUGCCGUUUGGGCUAGCCAUAGAGAGAGGUCAUGGAGGGGCACGAGGGCUGAGACACUACAAUGUUUGGAGCUUUAUUUAUACAGUCUAUGGUGAAAAAGUGUCUGUCAGCAAGAAGAAUGUGUUUGUUUUAAAGAGUGGAGGAGUGAGCUCAUAGUCAGUGAUCUCAUUUGGUUUAAAAAAUGGAAUGUGUGUCCUGAUUUAUAACUACAUAUGAACAUGCUGUGACAUUGUUAUCUCCUAGCUCUUGUUGAAGUCUAGGGAUUCACACACUUUUUCCAAUCUACACUGCUGUCUGAAUUAUGUAUUCAAUAUGGACAAGAACCAAACAAUAAUUGGUGUGCUAUUAGUUCAAACAGAUUGUUGAAUAUUGCAACUGAGGUGAAGAUCAGACUAUAUUUUAGAACAAAUAUACAUAAAUUAAGGUUAUUCCAAAGGUUUUAGUCUACUUUUCUUGCCACUGUCUAUGUCCUUAUUUAUAACCACAUAUGAGCAUGCUGUUUAAAUGCCAUAUGAAAAAUGUAAAUAUUAUUCUUGUUAUACUGUAUAUGAUUGUCGUCAUGGUUGUGUUAUUGGAAUCCAAUAAAAAUAUUUUUGGAACAUUUGAAAAUAAUAAUAAA